GGAGGAUUCUGGGAGCAGGAAGAAGAGCUGAGCAGCCGGAAGGACACGAUGCUCCCCGCUCUCCGUCAGGCGAGCCCCCCGCCGGCAGCUCGAAAUGCCCGGGGCACGGACAGCUGAGACCCAUCGCCGGUCACAUACUCCACGAUGUGCUGACUGUCUGUAUUUACAGAAGAUAUAUAAGAAAGACUAACUUUAUUUUGGAAAGGUUUUUUGAUUCCAGUGGAAUCUGUGCUUAAGCUCCCUUACCCUUUGCUUUGCAAGCUCCUAUUUUAAAGUGGGACAACAUGCCUGUACAAGCUCCACAAUGGACCGACUUCCUGUCCUGCCCCAUUUGCACGCAGACCUUCGACGAAACCAUCCGCAAACCCAUCAGCCUUGGCUGCGGGCACACAGUUUGCAAGAUGUGCCUGAACAAGCUUCACCGCAAGGCUUGCCCGUUCGACCAGACCACCAUCAACACAGACAUCGAGUUGCUGCCCGUCAACUCGGCCUUGUUGCAGCUGGUAGGAGCUCAGGUACCUGAGCAGCAGCCAGUUAAUCUGUUUAGUGGAGCCGAAGAUACCAAGCACUAUGAGGAGGCCAGAAAGUGUGUGGAAGAGCUGGCUAUGUACCUGAAGCCCCUGAGUACUGCCAGAGGUGUCGGUCUAAACAGCACCACGCAAAGUGUGCUAAGCCGCCCCAUGCAGCGAAAACUGGUGACGCUCGUUCACUGCCAACUGGUGGAAGAAGAGGGACGGAUUCGAGCAAUGAGAGCAGCGCGGUCACUGGGAGAGAGAACGGUCACUGAGCUUAUACUCCAACACCAGAACCCUCAGCAGCUCUCCUCCAACCUGUGGGCGGCUGUUCGUGCCCGCGGCUGCCAGUUUCUGGGACCAGCCAUGCAGGAAGAAGCCUUGAAGCUUGUCCUCCUGGCUCUGGAAGACGGAUCCGCACUCUCACGGAAGGUCCUUGUUUUGUUUGUGGUGCAAAGACUGGAACCACGCUUUCCUCAAGCCUCGAAAACUAGCAUUGGGCAUGUUGUCCAGCUGUUGUAUAGAGCCUCUUGCUUUAAGGUCACAAAGCGUGAUGAGGAUUCCUCCUUGAUGCAGCUGAAGGAGGAAUUUCGCACUUAUGAAGCAUUGCGCAGAGAGCACGAUUCUCAAAUUGUGCAGAUAGCAAUGGAGGCUGGCCUGCGCAUCGCCCCCGAUCAGUGGUCCUCUCUUCUGUAUGGGGAUCAGUCUCAUAAAUCCCAUAUGCAGUCUAUUAUUGACAAGUUGCAGACCCCAGCCUCGUUUGCUCAGAGUGUCCAGGAACUGACCAUUGCUCUGCAGAGGACUGGAGACCCUGCCAAUCUUAACAGAUUGCGACCUCAUCUAGAACUACUGGCAAAUAUAGAUCCAAGUCCUGAUGCUCCACCUCCAACCUGGGAGCAGCUGGAGAACGGUCUUGUGGCUGUGAAGACUGUUGUACAUGGGCUGGUUGAUUACAUCCAGAACCACAGCAAGAAGGGGACUGACCAGCAGCAGGUGAGCGAGGCUCGGAGCUACCACAUGAUUCAGCCUCCACAGCACAGCAAGUACAAGACUUACAUGUGCAGGGACAUGAAGCAGCGGGGAGGAUGCCCCCGUGGGGCCAGCUGCACCUUUGCUCAUUCUCAAGAAGAGUUGGAAAAGUUUCGAAAAAUGAACAAACGCUUGGUUCCUAGGCGGCCAUUGAGUGCCUCGCUCGGUCAGCUAAAUGAAGUAGGGUUACCCACUGGGGCAAUUCACCCAGAUGAUGGGCCCAUGGAUUUACCCAACCGGAAACCAGGUGCCCUUCCCAAUGGCAUUGUGUCAGGGAGCUCAGUGACCCAACUCAUUCCCCGGAGUACAGAUUCUGGCUAUGAGUCUGUUAUGAAGCCUGUGAAGUUGGAUCAUCUUAGUAACAGUGCCCCAGGCUCUCCCCCAGAAUUGCUUGACUCCGUUACCAAGACCUCCAUUCCUUCCUUACCAGUGAGUUCUCACCCUCCUUCUCAACGCGUUUCCAGUGAUCUCCCGCCUAUGCCUGUGUCUAAACAGAUACAGAUGGUACCACGGGGCUCCCAGAUAUAUGCUCCCCCUCAGACGGAUAUCUUUUACCCCGACCCAAGGGGAGGAGGCCCUUCCUUUGAACCUGUACCCUAUCCACCAAGUGUUUACUACCAACAGCCACUCUCUCGCUUUGUCAGACCUCAGCCAUCCGCCCCCGAAUCUUCCCCUACCUACCUCGACCACUAUCCUUCCUAUUUACAAGACAGGAUGGUCGGCACACAAUACACAACACCCACUCAACAGUACUCUCCCAUGAGCCAACCCAUGUAUCCCCCACAUUACGAUGGCCGUCGUGUAUACGCUUCUGCUCCGCAGUCCUACCAGAGAGAUGAUCUUCUGGACAUGGCCCCUGCUGCGGGGUCACCCUAUGUGCCUGAAGCUCGAGAGAGGUACCAACAAGUAGAAGGCUAUUAUCCUGUGGCGGCUCACCCAGGGCAGAUAAGACCACCGUGUAACCGGGAGUCCUACAUCCGCCUGCCUCCUCAGCAUCAAUCACAGUCCCAUCCCAGCCUGGAUGAACUUCAUCGCCGCCGCAAAGAGAUCAUGGCUCAGCUAGAAGAGAGGAAAGUCAUCUCGCCGCCUCCAUUUGCUCCUUCUCCAACUCUGACUCAAACCUUCCAUCCAGAAGAGUAUCUUGAUGAGGAGCUGAAAGGAUCUGGAAAGUACAAAGGGAAUGACUACAGCCAAUACUCUCCUUGGUCCUGUGACACUAUCGGUUCCUACAUUGGAACCAAAGACGCCAAACCCAAAGACAUUUCUGCUGGUGGCUGUGUGGAAGUAGCAAAUGUUGACAGCAAAGCCCUAAGGGAUCAGCGCCUUGAGCUCCAACGCAGAGCCCCAGAGGCAGGAGAGGAUGAUCUCAUUCCGUUUGGCGACCGACCCACAGUAUCUCGUUUUGGUGCCAUCUCCCGCACCUCCAAGACCUUGUACCAGCCGUCCGGCCUUAUGCAGCCGGCAAUGGGAGGCCAAGGUGCAGCUACCAAAUCGAGCAUUACUGAUUACAGUCUCUACAGUAGUCACAGCGGCCUGGGAGCUCCUUCAUAUUCUCCCCAUCAGAACCUUCCUUCUCAGGGACAUUUGAGCGAGAGAGAUCGUAUGCCCAAGCCUUUACCUACAUCUGAGAGAGAACAGCUUAGAAUGGAGUUACACCAGCUAAACCAGCAAAUCAGUCAGCAGACACAGGUUGCAAGUAGCCGUAUGCUAGUGCAGAGAGAGUCUUCCACUCUGGGAAGUCAACAGCAGCCCCCUCCACCGCCGUCAGCCAAAUGGUCCACCAUGAUGUCUAACGAACAGCUGAGCCUUGAGCUGCAUCAAGUGGAGAGGGAGAUUGGGAAAAGAACUCGUGAACUUAGUAUGGAGAGUCAUCCCAUGGGUGGUAAAAGCAAAUCAGAUGUCAUGAAAGUCGAGAACGGACAGCUGGAGCCACAGGCCAAGGUUCUGCCACAUGAGCUCCCUUUGACUUUUAGCAACGAGGUGCCAAAUGGAUCUAGCUUGGCCCAGGACAUCACUAUGCUCUCUAGCAAGACGACUUCUUUAACCCUUUCAGAGGAUGCCCAACCCGGUGGGGAUAAAAAUGAGGCCCUGAGAACUGGAGUCAAUUCCACUGCUGCUCCGUAAACCCAUGAGGGCUGUUUACCCACACCCUUAACCCUUAAGUUUUAUCUGAAGGUGUUUUUGUUUAGUGGGCAGUGAGGGGAAAAAAAAAAUGAAACGGCAUUUAUAUUUUUGUUCUGUUCUCAUAUUUUUUUUUUGUGUGGGUUUUUUGUGUUUGGAGGGAGAGUUCAGAGCAUUUUUGGGGUUAUCAGAAGUUAUUAUUAUUUAAGAAUUGCCUACAUAAACCCCGUUUUUGGGGGUCAGUUAUGGGAAGAACCUGUGACCCUGCUCUCUUGUUCCCUGCCCUCCAAAGCAUGACAGACUACAUAUAAAAUGUGCAUUGAAAACACCACUAGUAAGAACAACCUCUGCACAUAUUUUCACGUUAACACAUUUUUUAAUAAAAAAAAAUAUACAGAAUACAAAAUAUAUAUAAAAAAAAAAAAAAAAAAAGACACAGAUGAAAAUUAGCAGUAUCUGCAAGCAAUUCAAGAUUAGUUGUUUUUGUUCUGUGAAUGAACUUAAUUUUAAUACCUUUCAAUGCCUUGGAUGCAAGGCUUUAAAGACAAAAAAGGAAGAUAUUAUAUAUAUAUACUCUGUUUGAUUAAUUGUACGAUCUUAUUGCUGUAGAUUUACAUUUAUUUUUUCUUGUUUUAUUAGGAUGGUAUUACAUACCCAGAACAUCUGUAAGCGCCAUUGGUCGACUUUUUCCCUGUUUUAAUUUUAGAUUGUUUGUGCCCUAAAAGAGUGGAAGAGGCAUAUUUGCCCCAAGAUGGUAAAAGAUUGAAAUGUGACCAUCGUUGUGCUUUUGAGUUUGCAGACAAAUUUCCAGGAAAUACCUUUCCGUGGCCGGGCAGCUUACUGCCUUUAUACCUUUUGGAUGCUUUCCUUGCUUAUCCCUCUAGGGAAAGACAGUCGAUCCUCUUUUACAUUUAUUUUGUUUUAUUGCUCCAGUUCUUACAAGCGGAAAGUGAAUCAACUUUGCAAAUGGACUUCAUUCACAAUCUGUCGUUUUGUGUCUACAGCAGCUACGCUGACCUGUUUGUCUCCAUGGUAACAGGCCACAGACAAAGUAUGCCGCCUGAUCUUGUGGUCACACUCCAUUUAGCCUUUCGUAAUUCUAAGGGCUCAUUCAGACGGCCGUAUGAAUGAGUCUGCACCCGUUCCGCAAUUUUGCGGAACGGGUGCAGACCCAUUCAUUUCAAUUUGGCCGCAAAAGAUGCGGACAGCACACCGUGAGCUGUCCGCAUCUGUCGUUCCGUUUCGCAGCCCCACAAAAAAAGAUGGAGCAUAUCCAGUUCUUGUCCGCAGAUAAGAAUGAGCAUUUUCUAUUAUAGUUGCGGAACGCACACUGCCGGUAUCCCUGUUUUGCGGAUCUGGAAAACACUACGGUCGUGUGAAUGCGCACUUACUAGCAGGCAUUUGGUGGUAAGAAAGAAGUAGGAGACGGAUGGCAGUAGGACUUACGUGAUCAGACUACGUAGGGUUUUGUUUGUAGUCUGUUACUAUGGAGACAAAACUGUAGAUAUAAAAUGUCGGGAUUUUAAUUUUUUUUGUCUAUUUGCAAAUGUUUUUCAUUUUUCGAUGCAUUGGAGAACUAAAAUAAAAUGGUUGCUAAAGGGAUCUUCCUUUAAAGGGGUAUUCUGCUUUUAUAAAGUUGACUUAUUCCCUAUCCACAGGAUAGGGGAUAUCUAGUAGAUCGGUGGGGGUUCUACCACUGCACCACCACUAGUCAUGAGAACGGGGCACUGUGCAUCCCCCAAAAUGAACGGAGCAGCCAGUCGGACAUGAGAUUGGCAACUGCAUUCAUUUCUAUGUCUAUUCAUUUCUAGUAGAUCUGUGGGGGUCCUACCAAAUCAUAAGAAUGGUGCCACUCGAAAUGUAUGCAGCGGUCAGUCGGGCAUGUGCGUGGCCACUCCAUUCAUUUCUAUGGGAGUUGCAGAAAUGGCCAGACUCUGUACUUGGCUAUCUCUGGAACUCCCAUAGAAAUAAUUUGAGCGGCCAAGUAGAUGCCUGGCCUGCAGCUUCAUUCUUUUCGAGGGGCUCCACGUGGUAUGGGUCCUGCAGUCUCAUAGUUCUCUAAUAGUUCUCCCCUAUUCUGUGGAUAGGGGGUAACUUUUAGAUAAGCAGAAUACCCCUUUAAAUAGCUGUAAAUGUUUUCCCCGUAGCUCCAACGCAACACCCAGCUGUGGUCAUUGGGCGCGGUGUUGCCUUCUGCGCAGUAUUGUGUUGUAUCAAAGGGCAACCGUUAUAAUUUUGCCUUAUAGGUAGUGUGGAAAUGCACAGAAGGCUUCCAGGGGGUUAAUGCAGCGACAUGUAAAACUUAUUUAAUUGUUUAUUCGUUCUUCAUAUUGGCUUAUUUGACGGGCAAGUUAAGAUUCCCUUUUCACAAGAAAGCAAGACAGAUGGGCAGACAACUGGCUAUGUAAUACCUUCCCACAUCGUUUUGGUGGGGUAAAAGCGAGAAUUAAUUACUUUUUUUGUUCUUUGUAUUUUCUUAGUGUUUUCCCUCCUUUCUUUCAUCCCUUCCCCUUUUCUCUCUCCAGUAUCUCCUGAAUCUUUAACUCCUGCUGGGUCAUUGUCCGCCUCAGCAUUACGUUCCAUGAAUCCUAUUUAGAAAGAAUUGUAAAAAAAAAAAACGAAACGUACAGUCUAUGUACUUUUUAGGUUUUGUGGGUCCCCCGCCUGCCUACCAGUUGAAGUUUCCAUAACUGAAGGUGCUUGGAAAAGAGCGCCUGUUUGAUUUUCCUUAUUGCCAGGAGGAGGCACCGCGUUUAAUAUACUGUUUCACAUUGAAUUAAAUUGAACAUUUCGGACCUGCUGGUCACACAUUUGAUAUUUACAUGUAUCGGCUUGGAGUUCAAGCUAACUUUUUUUUUUUUAUUUAAAUAAAAGAUCAUAGUGUUAUAUGUGUUUGUAGACGUCUGCAGUGAUAUGCAAGCACAUAUAAUCUGUUUUAAGGGUUUAUUUUUUUUCUUUUUUUUUGGAUGAGUGCAACUUCCAGGGGCACGGGGAUCUGCUUAACUGUGACACGGAGCUUGCCGUUGAUUCAGCUUCGUAUUCCAUGAUUGCAAGAUUAAUACGGGUUGGAAAGUGAAUCUAAAACUCCCGAUGACUGGGUGCUAUGUACUUUUUCUCUUAUCCAGAAGUGACGCUGUACUAUUCCUCGAAUGCAAACUUUCUGGCUUGAGGCGAAGAGAUUGCCUUAGAAGAAAUACUCUCCCGAGUCCUCCUAUCCCCGCUUGGUAAAUCCCUCUUAAGCGCUGGUACGAACCAUCCCCUAAGGUUACGUUCAGCAGUUAUGUGCCUUAUGGGGAUCAUCACACCUUGUCAUGUACUGUUUGACGCUCUCCUGUUUUACAUGCGUAUCAUUCACCAAUACACCUAGCGGGUUGCUUGUAAUGCUGCGUCUUACAAGCCGUUACCUAAUACACACUUACUGGGCGAAAGGGGAGUUGUUUGCCUAAUAGAUGAGAGCAGAUGGAGGACGUUAAAUGCCUUGUUGCUGUCGGCAAAAUGCAGGCAGUGUCUGUGGAGGGGGAGCAGCUGUCACCAUGUCCUGAAGGAGCCGUCACCCUCUUAUCUUUGUGCACACUUUUACAGCCAUUUUUUUAAAUUGCUUCAGUGCAUCUAAAAAAUAUUACUUGGCCAAGAAAUUCUGAAAUAAGACAUUUUGCAGUUUGGGGUCUACAGCAUCCAUGCUGACCUGUGCAUCUCCAUGGUUAGUCUUCAAACAUUGCAGUGUGAUCCUGCAGUCAUGUUAGUUCCUCCAUCUGCCCCUCUUCUAUUGGUUGGCAAGAAAAAACUGCAGGUGGGAACGCGUCAUACGUGACUGCAAGACCAGCGUACACAGGGAGAGAUUUAUCAUCUCCCUUGCACCAGAAAAAAGUUGUGUAUUUACAACUUUUUAAAUGCAACUUUUUGGGGGGCGGGGGGAGAGUUGCAAGUGCCUCGUUUUACGCCACUUUCCUAAAAAGGGGCGUAGCAAGGGUUGAAAUAGGCAUGACCAAGAGCCGAGACCAAUUUAUCUUCAUUUACGCCAGUUUUUUGGUGCCAAUGAAGCUAGGAAUCUACAGCGGCUCUGAGCUGUCGUAGAUUUCCGUUUAGGUGCACGGACUGCCGGAGGAUGCGUUUCAUUUAUGAUGAGGCAUGCGCCUUGUCAUGCAUUUGCUGCAUCCUCUGGCAGUGCAAGGGAUAUCAAGACCGGCACAGAAAGCUUCUGUCUUGAAACAUCUCCCCCACAGUUUGUAGUCGCAUAGGUCUAAUCGCAAUGGUAGGAGAAUUUUUUUUUUUUUUUUAGCAUGUACCAUAUGUUCUGCUUUGCGUAAAGCUUUUUUGUGGGGUUCCGUUUCUUCGGUUACCACCCAGAAAAUACCAAACCUUGUGCAAAUACCAAACCUCAGCAUCUCCUUGACUUGCGUUAACCAGUCUUCUGUUCCUAGAAGUUGCCUCAUCAAUGCUAUGAAGAGAAAAAAAAAAAAAAGAAAAUGAAAAUGCAUUCAGACGAAUUUGUUUAGCAAAUAACUUCUGUGAAGUUGCUGUUUUCUAAUGGUGUUAUAACUCAAUAAUGUAGAAACGUGGGGAAUCCUUCAACUGGUAGGCACGUGCGCAGUGGUUGGGAUCUCUGCAUGAUAAAGAUUCGCACAUUAGCCAUAUUAGACCUGUGGAAGUCUCCCCGUCUUGUGAUGACCUGUUCCUCUACCGUGUCGGGGAGACCUGUAGAGCGCUGCGAUGGCCCCUAAAGAGGCUGAGCUGCUGCUAGAGGGGUUAAUGAAGCCGCGCUUUAGAGGUCUCUCCGCUGGGCUUGUCACUUUAGCAACGUUUUCACCAUGGACAGCAGAUGUGUUUUGUAUGGAGGUGAAAUUGGCCGAUUUCUGUACAUACACUUGCCUGUUCUCGUAGGGUUGGUAUUACACCAAGCUGCUUUCAUUUGGGUUACAAUGCGUCUUUUUGUAGAUAAUGGCUUGUCCGGGUAGUAAAGGUCUACUGAUUAUAUGUGCUUGCAACGAUCACAAACACAGUCCUUCCUUCCCAAUAGGAUUUUAAGGGGUUUUCUAAGAGUUUUAUAUUUGAUCAGUGGGGGGUCGGACCUUGGGACCACCGCUGAUCAAUCCAGUUUGAGGUGGCCGCAGUGAGCAGCAAUACCUCCUUGCAUUUAAAUCUACAUAUAGUAUUGGGUAAUUAUGUAAAUACUUAGCUUAUGAUUUUGGUUUGCAUGUUAUUAGUUAAUUGACUCCCUCAGGUCUCAUAGGAUAAGGGGGUGAUGCUUAACUUGAAUAUAUAUUGUUUUAAAUGGUUUAGUGCUGCUUACCCCCCGCCGGCACAUAGAAGACGCUUGCGAGUCCUGCUUACCCCACCCACAUGGAGAGAGAGCUUGUGAACCUUGUUUACACCUGCCCAGCCUGAAAGUCCUG